AUGGCGUAUGAUACAACCCCUUUGCCCCGGCGGAAAUCAUGCGAAGUGUGCAAAAAGGGCAAGCGACGCUGUGACCUCGGUCUCCCCGCCUGCUCGCGAUGUAUCCACCGCAAAGUAGCGUGCGUCUACCCGUGGCGACAGCCACCAGCGUUUGAAGACUUGCAUGAAACGCCUUCAUCUAUUAGCCACUAUAUCACCACCCAGCACAGUUUCAGCAUGGGACCUGAAAACCAGGCCAAUGAUCCUUCUUUUCCCCAGCUGCCCUGCUCUCCGGCCUUAACCGAGCUAGUGGACUCACUUCUCGAGAACCACAAUGACUGGGAUCAUUCUCUCCAUGUGGUCCCUGAUCGGCAAGCCAAUGUCGGAGCCUACUUUGCACUUACUAUUCCAAGAGCAAGACAACCAAGACCUCUUCCGGAAAUAAUUGCCACCAACCUUCAGUUUGCAAUUGAUAUCCUGAAGGACACACCGAGGACAAUGGUCCUUGAAAAUCAAGCACCGUGGUGUCACCAAAAACUUUACCAAAAUCAUAUGCCCAGGGCAAUGCAAGAUGCGUUUGCAUGUUGCUCUCUUUAUAUGUCCAAGAAUGAGACCAAUGCCCCAGUUAUAAUGGCCUUGUUCGAUGCCAGAAUAAAAGAUAUUAUAUCAAGUCCUGAACCCGAUGAACUUCUUGAUAAACUCGCCCGAGUUCACGCUCUUAUCCUUUAUCAAAUUAUGCGCCUAUUCGAUGGCGACAUCCGCUCCCAAGCAACGGCAGAUGCUCUUUUCGCAUCCCUCAAUUCUUCCGUCGUUUCUCUUCUAUCUCAUCUGCAUCUACCACUAUCAUCAGACUCUCUCCAACCCCUACCGGUAUCGAUCGACUCUAUCAUCGCUUUCUGGAAUUCUUGGGUUGUGCAGGAAUCGGCUCGGAGAACGGUGCUGCUCGCCUUCCUUUUCAUGCAAAUAUAUAAAGUCCUACAAGGCAAUGUCCCGUUACAAUGCGAUGGUAGACUUGGGUUAGAACAUUCAUGGUAUCUUUCAGCACAUCUCUGGAGCGCGCAGAGUGCUUUCGAUUUCGCGGUGGCUUGGGCAGAGAAACCACAUUUUGUUGUGCACAAUCUGGACUUUUCCUGGGUCUUGACUAGUGCCCAGCCAGUGGACUUGGAUCAAUUUGGAAAAAUGCUUUUGGUUAUUUUGCUGGGGAUCGAUUCGACAAAGGCAUGGUUCCAUGGCAAAGGGGCUAUAUUCCCGUGA